GACGUAUUAAACCUGGUGACACCUCCAGAGUGUGUGAAUUGGUUUUCGCAUUCUACAAUUUGAAUGAAAUAAAGGCAUCUAUAUAGCACAGAAAAUAUACUACCAACUAAAUUUUAAGCUGAUUAAUGUAAAAAAAAAUUUUUAAAUACCAAACAUGUAUUUAAUAGAGUUCUACAAAUUUAUCUAAUUAAUUUUACAUUUAUUUUAUUUGAAAUACUGUAUUUCAAAAAAAAUAUUUAAAUGAGAUCCUUAUUGUCCAUACAUUUCCCUUCCAGGACCGAAGGAUACCAAAGUAAUCUAAAUCAGGAUAGGGGCUUAUUAACCUAUCUAGUUUGUCUAUCUUGCGUAAUAUUGUAAAGUCAAGGACGAAAAAUAUUCAUGAAUUUUACGAUAAUUUUGUGUUUAAUAUAGUUCAUACUGUAGCUAGUUUGAAACGCUUUAGAAAAUGCAAACUGGAUUAAAAUUGAAGUUUAAUUACCUAUUUAAUAACACUUGUAUUAAAAUAUGAAUGAUUUCAUGUUUUAAAUUAAUAUUUAAUAUUAUUUAAAUUAAAUCUAUGUUUGAAAUUAAAAAGCAUAUCUUUGAUAUGGUUUUUCAUUGACAAAGUUUGAAGAAGAUCAAAGCAUGAAAAAUGACUAUGUCAGACAGAAAAACCCUGUACAAAAACAUAAAAAAAUGGCAUAGAAAGAAAAAAAAUUAAUGCCUUUUCUGCAAAUGCAGGAAAAUCGAGAAAUGAAGUAGGUCCUAUAGAUGCAUAAACAAGAAAAAAGGAAAUGAUUUAUAAUGGAUGUAAUAAAAUUUGGGUAAAGUGAUUGAGGAAGAAGCAAAGAAUAAAAUGGAAAAUAUAUGAAAAUAAAGCUGAGACAUGGAGAAGAAGAAAUAAGUAAGGAAGCAAGAAGAGAAAUGGAGAGAACAGAAAUGAAUAAAAAAGGAGGGGUAGAGGACAUAAAAAUAAAAGUGAGGAAGAAGCAUUAGCAGAGAGGGCAAAUUAAGAAGAAAUGAAGUGACUGAGAAUAUGAAGAAAAAAAAAACCUGAUGAUCGAUACAAUUUACAUGACUACAUGACUACUACUGUACAACACAAGAGUUCAAGGUCUCGUCUUUUCAUAAAUUUACAGUUCAUUGCAAACACAAAUAUCACACAAACAUGGAAAAACCCACUACUAUUGUCACAAGAUAUUUUUACAUGUACUGUACCUCUGGUUGAACAGCGUAUUUUAAGGAUUUAAUUUUAAGAUGGCUACCAGCGAGCUGAAUCAGGUCCUAGAUUGUACCAUAUGCUGUAAGAGAUUUCAAAAUCCUAAAUUGCUCAACUGCCUCCAUAGUUUCUGUUUGGCAUGUCUGGAACACACGGUUAAGAUGAAUGGUGAGUUGACUUGCCCAACUUGCUCAAAAUCAUAUGCCAUUCCAGAGGGAGGACUUCAGAAACUUUCUCCAAAUACCUUUCUUAAUAACUUAUUAGAAACUAUUGAACAUUUUUCUGAAAUAGAUCAGAUAAAAUGUGCUUGUAAAAAAGGAGAAGAAGCAUUAUACUACUGCCAGGAUUGCAGACAGUACUUGUGCUCUACUUGUAUUGACCAUCAUAAAGAGUUCCAACUCUUUGCAAAUCACAAGCUACAUUCAGUGGAAGAUGUGCUAUCAAUGAACCACAUACAGAAAGCUUCAUUACAUCCGCCGCAGUGUUUACUUCACAAUAAACCCUUGGAGUUUUACUGUGAAAACUGUACAAUUCCUAUUUGUGUUAACUGUAUAAUUAUGGACAAGGAGUUGGAGGGUAAUCACAAACAAAUUGGCAUUUCUAAAGCAUUCCAAACAUUUAAAGAAACUUCAGAAGCAUUGGAAAAAGCUGCCAAUGACUGCAAAAACAAAUUACAUGAUGGCCUCCAAGCAGUUAUUCUGAAUGCUACAAAAUUAGAACAAAGUAAAGAUACAACUUUGAGAGAUAUUGACAAUCAUGUACAAGUGAUGAUAAGAACAAUCAAAGAAAAUGGAGACAACAUUAAAAAUGAAGUAGAGACAAUAUACAAAAAGAAAAAGAAGGCAAACAAUGUACAAAUGGUUAAAUUGAAAAUGGCAAUAACUGACAUAAACACAAAACUGAGUUUUCUUAAUCAUUUAUUAAAGAGUGAUGAAGCAACAGCAAUGCAGUCAAGUGAGAAGGUAAUUGCAGCAUUGAAGGACAGAAUGAAUGAAUUGCCAAACACAGAGCCAGAUGAUAAUGGACACAUUCAAUUCUUGAUAAACAAACAACAACUUGAUAUUGGAAAUGUGACACAAUUGAAGGUAGCAGACUGUCUAACAUUAAAAGGAGAGGAAUCUGUGACCCAAUGUCAGAAAAUUGUUGUCAAAAUAAUCAAAACAAAUGAUUGUGAAAUAUAUGCAAAUCAACUGACAGCAACAUGGACACAGCCUACAGGUGAAACCUACAUCACACAAGCUGAAGAAGAUGACAAUGGAGAUUACUUUGUGACAGGAACAUGCACAAGUUCAGGUGUUUGCAAACUAGAUGUUAGUGCUGAUGACACACCAAUCAAUCAGUCACCACAGUUGAUCAAGGUAGAGAAGGAAGGAUUAGUAAAUACUAUUAAAAUAAAUGAAGAAUAUAUAAAAGAUUUAAUUAAGUGUGAAGAUGAUUGCUUGCUUGUUUCAUGUGCAACAAAUGAAAUACUCAAGUACAAGCAAUCAGGAGAAUAUAUUGGUAAGGUUACACUACCACAAGGUGUGAAAGUAAACAGAAUGUUCAAAAUGAAGAAUGGUAACAUAGCAUUCAGUGAUUUUAAUGCUAGAUGCAUCAAAGUAUGCAAUAAGAAUGGUCUGGUGACCAAAUCAAUUGGCCAGGAAAAAUCAAUGAAGACAUCUGGUAUGUAUAUUGAUGAGACAUCAAAUGUUGCAUAUGUAGGAGGUUGUAAAAAUGGUAGUGUGUUCAUGUUUGACAUUGAUAGUGGCCAGACUUCUUAG